UCAACUUCUGGUUUGAGUUCAAUGUUGAGUUGGUCUGGUUUGCUUGUUUAUAAUGUUAUUGAAAUAGCAUUUCGUUAAAUAAAAAGACAUUUUCACUUUUUAAGCUUCAGUCAAAUAAUGCAAGAAUUUUCUGGAAUACCAGAGAAUAAGAAAGAUGCCAAAAGUGAACGUAGACGAAAGUAUAGCUCGAUACGAGCAGUAUAUCAAUGAUGUUCUCAAGGCAGAUUUGCAACAACUGCAAGAAAAACUGGGACAAAUCAAUUCUGAAAUUGCUGAUCUAAUUCAACAAAAACAUACAAUCAAAGUAAUAACAGAUAAAAAUAUGCAUCCGGAUGGAUUUAAAACUCAAGUGAAUUUAGGUUGUAACUUUUUUAUGGAGGCUUCAGUUCAAGAUACUUCGAAACUACUAAUGAAUAUUGGAUUGAAUCAUUAUUUGGAAUUUAAUUUAGAAGAGGCUAACAAAUAUCUGGAUGUGAGAAUAAAGGCAUUCGAAAUCAAGGCUGAAGAAUUGCAGAACAAGGGUGCAGAGACAAGAGCGCACAUCAAAAUGAUGUUGUUUGGUAUCGCUGAACUUCAGAAUGAGAAAGUUGGUAAGAGUUGAUGUUACUUAUUGUUUUAAUUUAAAUUCAUCACACAACUCUUGCAGUGUUUUCAUCCAUCAUUUGAAAGAAAUAAUUAUACCUAUAGAAGAAUUUGCAUUGCAUUAUAGUUUACAGCUGUUUUGGGUUCAGCGAAGCUGUCCUAAACAACAAGGCUUGUGAUAAAUCUUCCUAUUCUCUCAUAUUUGAGGUUGUGGGUUUACUGGUAUGAUAGAGAGAAUAUGAGACAUUUUUGUUUGUUUGUGAACUCUUUAUUGUACAUAAAAAGAAAUAUUUACAAAGCAGUCAAUGGAUUAAGAAGAAUAUUUACAAUGGCCAACUUAUCCCAAUUGGGAUUUCUUCCAAACCAAAUUAUAAAGAAAAUUCCAUAAUCACAAAUGCAGCGCUCAUAAAAAGCAUUAAGCAUCAUGUCUAGUUGACAACAAUGUUUGUGAAUAUUCUGAUAGUAGCAAGCAUAGUUUUAAAGGAAUGUUGUGAUGUGACCAGGAAUGAUAUUAUGUAAGCUACAAGUAGAAUAGCACUAUGUAUAUGUAAAUUUCAACACCACUUAAGUAAAGACAAAGUUAAGUCUUUCUCUUAUUUUGAUAAACCAUAGAUAAAGCAAUGGAUGAUGAUACAUGGACCUUUUCAACAUUUGUGAAUAACUUCAUAGGGCCUGGCCAGUUGGCACAUUCAUUGAAUAAG